AUGGUCCGCGAGACCCUCCGUCUCCACUCCCCAGCCCCAGCACAACUCCCGCGUGUCACCCCCGCCACAGAAAAGGGAACAUCCCUGCACGGGCACGACAACAUCCCGGGCGGCGUAAAGGUCAGUUCAACCGCCUACUCGCUCCAUCGCAUCAGUGAGGUCUACCCGCGCCCGCUGGAAUGGCUGCCACAACGAUGGCUUGAGGCAGGCGACAAGAUCCAUGACAUGAGGCGGCUGUUCUGGCCGUUCGGCAGUGGUGGCCGCAUGUGUCUGGGGAGUAAUUUCGCAUUGCAAGAAAUCAAAUUGGUUAUGGCGGCUGUGUAUUCAAAUUACACGACGUCUAUUGUAGACGACGAGGGUAUCGAGCAGGACUACGCGUUUAUUGCGCUGCCGCGCGGGCGGAAGCUGAUGUUGAAGUUUAUCCCGAUCGAUGAAUGA